UUGUGGAUAUCAUUUUAAUCAACUUGCGUGUUUUCAUCUGUUUAUAGGCUGGUAAUAUUGUAGUUGGUUCUAUAGACUUUGGAACAACGUACUCAGGAUGGGCAGUUAUGUUUUCUCAUGAAUUUGAAUCAGAGCCGACGAAAGGAUUCGUGAAGCAAUGGCAUUCGGGAAGCUCAAUAAUUACAGAAAAAACACCUACAGUGGUUCUUAUAAAACCUGGCGGAAAUGAACUGGAAGCAUUUGGUUACGAUGCUGAGAACCGUUAUAAAGAGCUAAUAGAACAGGGAGAACACGAGGGAUACUACUACUUUCAGAGAUUUAAAAUGAAACUUCAUAAGGAAAUGGGUGAUAAAAUCGACUUGAACAUGACGUUGAAGGAUGAAAUGGGACAGACUCUACCUGCAAUUAAUGUUUUUGCUAUGGCAAUAGAAUACCUUGUAAAUGAUAUGCAUGAUGUAACCAAAGACAGAAUAUCCGGAGUAAUUCAGAAGUCUGAGGUUCAUUGGGUUAUCACUGUUCCGGCAAUUUGGACAGACUCAGCAAAACAGUUUAUGAGAAAAGCUGGCGAACAGGCUGGAAUAGAUGAACGCAAAUUAAGUAUCGCCCUUGAACCAGAAGCGGCCUCCAUUUUCUGUCGCCAUUUGCCAGUUGAAAAAAGAAUCGACACUUCAAAUGUAUGCAUUGCUUCCUUCCCAGCUGGAACGAAAUACAUGGUGCUAGAUGCUGGAGGUGGUACAAUAGAUAUUACAGUCCAUGAAGUCCAACCUAACGGUUCUGUUAAAGAAAUAGAAGCUGCAAGCGGUGGUGGCUGGGGCGGAACUCUUGUAGACCAGGCGUUUGAAGAGCUGAUCAUUGACAUAGUAGGAAAAAAGGUUUAUCAAGAUUUCAAAAGGAAAAGCCAGAAGAUUGGUUGGACCUUUGGCGCGAUUUCGAAAUGAAGAAGAGAACAAUCCAGCCUAAAAAAGAGACAAAAGUUGUCAUGAGAAUACCCGAAUCUCUGCGUAAAAAGUAUAAACGACAAAGCACAAAAACCUUCACAAAUGCUGUUGAAACAUCUUCAUAUGCUGACAAUAUUACAUCUGUGGCUGACAAGAUAAAGUUUGACCCAUUUUUAUUUAAAAAACUAUUUGAUGGUUCGUUGACGAAAACAAUACAACAUACAGAAAGUCUUAUCAAAAAGCUAACUGUUCAACAGAUCAAAGCCAUUUUAAUGGUGGGAGGUUUUUCUGAGUCCCCUAUGCUUCAAGAGAGGGUUAAAUCCUGCUUUCGUGGCAUUGAUGUCAUCAUACCUGCAGAAGCGUCCUCCUCGAUAUUGAGAGGAGCGCUUAUUUUUGGACAUAGUCCAACUUCGAUCUCUGAGAGAGUUCUGAGGUAUACAUAUGGUAUAAGUAUCUAUACUCCAUUCAUAACAGGCAAACAUCCAGAAAGCAAGCGUGAAAAUACUGAUUCUGGACCUCAGUGCAGGGACGUGUUUAACAAGCAUGUUGAGAGAAAUCAAAAUGUCAAAGUAGGAGAGCCACAGGUUGUAAAAUCUUACUCACCUGUCAACAAAAAUCAGAAAAUCAUUCCUUUUUCCAUAUAUGCGUCUGACAUGAAAGAUCCCGAAUAUACAGAUGUUGGUUGCAAAUUCGUCGGGGAAAUGCAAAUAGAGCUCCAAGACCGCAAAAUAGAUGUGUCGCGUAAAGUUGAAGUAAGCCUUACAUUUAGUGGUACAGAAAUUGAGGUGAAAGCGAAAGAUGUAAAAACAGGGAAAUAUGAAAAAGCAUCGAUUAAUUUCCUGGGGUAAUCAGUGAAAAGUAGAUAUAAAAACAUUUUUUUUUAUCAAAAAGUCGAAGACGUGUUAAAUAAAACAGGUAUGAUAAAGAUAAAUGAUACUGUAAAUCGUGUCUCAAUAAGAAUUUAAUAUUGUGUUGAACUAUUUUGAGAUAACAAAACUACGGUUAUGUUUUAUAGUGUGAUUGCUUUAAAACACGUAAAUGGUGGAAGUAAUAUAACUAUUUUGCACACAUACAUUUUGGAAAAUUUUAUUUGUGUAACUGCUUAACAAGAACCAUAUUCAUCCUCAUAUUAUAUACAAAUAUCACAUUAUAACUAUAAGAGUUAAACAAAUAUAAAAUGUUCAUGGGGCUUCAGCAUUUAAACCAGAAAUGCAAAAUUCUUGAUGAUGUUUGUAUAAUAAGUUAAAUAAACCGUAUAUUAAUGACACUUUAAAUGAUUUUUGAGUGAUAUACACAUCAAAAUCGCCUUACAUUACGAUGUAACGUUGCAUGGCAUGAGGGAUUGAUGGUUUUUUAUUCGAAUUGUAAAUUAUACUGCUUCUGAAAGUGCGAUGGCGUUUCUCUACGUCUAUGCAAACAUCCAUAUGAAAUUAGGUUCUACCAAUAUGAAGGUAAAGAAGCACCCUAGAAACGAUACCAAACAUCAUUUACUUGCAAUUUGGUAUAUUACACAAAUUAUAUAUUAUAUUAUAUUAUAUUACACAAAAACUCCCAUGUACAGUUUCUCUUGCGUUUUAGUUUUUUCGACAGAAAAUAAAAAAUGACUUCGAGUCAGCUAAAUACUUAUGAACUUAAUAAGCAGUCUGUAAUUGACACACUUUAUCAGAUCAUAAAUACCAUCUUUGAAAAAUAGUGUCAAUAUAUUGACAUGAAUUCUCGAGUUACUUAAUGUUGUCGGAUUAAAAGAGUUUUCAUAAUGGAAAUAUUCAUGUAAAAGAUAUAUUGACUUAGCCUUUAACUUUCCAUAAACCGAAAAUGUAACUGAUGGUUAAAGAAAUUUGACCUUGUUUACAUUUAAAGACAUAGUUUUAUUUGUGAUACUGUUUGUAAUUGACCUAGCGAAUGAUUGUAAAGGUUUGAUUUUUUUCUCUGCAAAGGUACGUUGUCGUUCAACUUAAUUUUACAGCCUAAGUUUUUAAAUGCAGUUUGAUGGACAGGAAUUCAAUUGGUCCUAUGCAAGUUUUAGUAAAAAUAAAUAGUAUCUGAAACAUUCUCUGUAUAUAGCCUGUUAUAUGAUAAGAUGUAAAUUAUAAAUGUUGCAUUGGAUAUUUCUUUAUCAGUAGUGUGUAAAGCUAUAUCAUAAAUAUGUACUUUGAAUAAAUACAAAACGCCAUC